UUUUAUUCGUGUAAGUGUUUAAAUCAGUGCAGCUCGUUUGUUUUAUAGUGAACUUUUGAAUGAAUCCGUUAUUUUCGAGUGUAACAUUGUGAUGUAUCUACUAGCGAUAAUGAAAAGCUGCGUCUCGUUUGUCUUUAAAGUGAAGCAGUUGAUCAUAAACACUGUUUGGAUUUAAACAUUUAAAGGAUUUAAACAUUUACACAAAAAGAUGCAGAAAAGAGCUGUCCAUGACUAGAGGACAAACAUCUUGUCAUAUCAGUGCAAGUGAAAGUUUUGAAGUUAAUUUAUAUUUUUGAUAAUAAACUGUUUUUACAGAGACUUAUAUAAUCAUGCGUGUUUAAUGCUUUUUUUAUAAAGUUUAUUUACAUUGAAUAUUAUCUGUAUCUAUUCAUGUUUGGGGAUCUGGGGAAGUGUCUUUAUGUCUCUUUGGUCAAAUGUUGGUUUUUCUUGAAGUUUAUCAGAGUUGUGUAUACAACACACACACACACACACACUGUUAAUGAUUCUGAUCUCAAACACACAGAGAAACUCCUGCUGAAGCACACUGUUAUAAAGAUGGAGUUUAUUAAAGAGGAGAGUGAAGACCUGAAGAUUGAAGAAACACUCAAACAUGAAGAUACUGACGAACACACAGACCUGAUACCGCUGAAAGAAGAGGGUCAAGACCUGAAUGAAAUGGAAAAGAAAAAUCAAUAUGAGAAAUAUCAUGACCUCAUGGCUGGAGAAAAAUGUUUUAGUUACUCACAGACUUAUAAAACCGAAGCUACAAACCUUAAAGUCCAGAUGAGAGUUCACACUGAACAAAGCCCUUUCACCUGCCAACAGUGUGGAAGGAGUUUUGGUCAAAAAGAAAGCCUUAAAAACCACUUGAAAAUCCACACUGAAGGGAAUUUGUUCAUGUGUUCUCAAUGUGGAAAGAGUUUUACACAGAAAAAAACACUUAAUGUCCACAUGAGGAUUCACACUGGAGAGAAGCCUUACUCUUGCAAACUGUGUGAGAUGAGCUUCAGACGAAGAGAAGGUUUUAGGUCUCACAUGACGGUUCACACUGGAGAGAAACCCUACUCCUGCAAACUGUGUGGGAAGGGUUUUAAUCGAAAACAAAGCCUUAAAGUUCACUUAAAAAUCCAUGCUGGAGAGAAGCCGUUCAUAUGCCCUCAGUGUGGAAAGAGUUUUACACAGAAAUCAACCCUUAAUGUCCACAUGAAAAUUCACACUGGAGAGAAGCCUUACUCCUGCAAACUGUGUGGGAAGAGUUUCUCAGCAAAAGGAAGUCUUAAAAUUCACAUGAGAAUCCACACCGGAGAGAAACCGUUCAUCUGCACUCAGUGUGGAAAGAGCUUCAAACAGAAAAAAGAACUUGAUGGUCACAUGAGAGUUCACACUGGAGAGAAACCUUUUGAUUGUGAUCAGUGUGGAAAGCGUUUCGGAUAUAAAUCACACCUUAAUAAACACAUGAGGAUUCACUCCGGGGAGAACUGUUUUAUAUGUCAUCAGUGUGGAAAGAGUUUCUCACACAGAGGAAAUUUUGAUAAUCACAUGAGAUUUCACACUGGAGAGAAGCCUUUCACUUGCCAACAGUGUGGAAAGCACUUCACAGUUAAAGGAAACCUUAAGACUCACAUUAGAGUUCACACUGGAGAGAGGCCUUACAAGUGUGUUCAGUGUGAAAAGAGUUUCAAAAAUAACACAUGCCUGAAACGGCAUUUGCAAACGCAUUCUGUUAAUAAACUUCCAUUGUCCUCAGUGUGACAAAAAAAGGGUAAGGAGCAAUUUCAACAUUCAUCGGUGUUCACUCUGGAGAAAGACAAUUUGAUUGUGUUCAGUCUAAUAAAAACAUCACACUUUAACAAACAUAUUAAGGUAAUUUAGAUAUUUAAGUAAUGUAAAUGUCAGACCCCAUUUGUGUUUUUUGUUAAAGCAACACUAUGUAACUUUUUCUUUGUUCAUAAUAUGCAAAAUGUAUAUAAUAAGCGAGUACAUCAAAAAUUCAUCAACCAAACUCCCUUUUUGUCUUAUCCCUAAUAACUAUGGUACAUUUAUAAUAUGUGAUUAUUUUUGGAAUAUUGUAGUCUGUUCGGGUCGUCACCGCUGGGGAGUAACACAUACUUGUGUGAAUUGCCAUAGACAUAAACUUGGAGAAGUAGCUCCGUUUAGAAUGUCUUUCCAGUAUAAUGCAUGUAGUUCUGUUUAUUAACUGCUAAACCGACAAAAUUUACACAGUAUUGCUUUAAAGCCCAUGUUGCAGGUUAACCACCACUGUUGAUUAAUGGGUACAUAAAUCACUCAAGAUAUGUAUAUCAUUUUUAAAAUGUCUCAAAAAUGGCCUUAAAGACCAUUUUUUUUACGUUUUACGUUUUUGGUAUUAACGGGGGGUUUUUUACGCAAUUCGGUGAUGACGUCACAUUGGGGAGAAGUGGAGGAAAGGUAGCCUCAGCCUAGUAUGAUGCGCGUUCCAGGCAACCCGUAA